AGAGCCAGAUUUUCUUCAGCAGUGAGAAGGAGGCUCUUGUGUUUAUAUUGCAGUAAAAGAAAGCGCACUGCUGCUCUGCUGUUUCUCUGUCCCGGGAUGGAGUGUGUGUGUGUGUGUGUGAGUGUGAGUGUGUGUGUAUGUUCGAUGACUGAUGGUGAGUGCCUGCACGUGUGUUAGAACAUCAGGAGCAGAAGAGCUGCGGUGUAUAAUCCUGAAGGUGCUUUGGCUUAGCGUUGUCCUCUGGAAUUCUCGCUAUAGGACACAGAGAGUUAGCUGAGCAUCGGAAGAGCCUACACACACAUAUAUGAGCACAAACACAACCCGGAAUCUUUCCUCAUAACCUGGAGCUCCUGCUAGGACUCAGUUGAAGGUAAACCAAACUCUGAAGGAAGCACCCAGAGUUUUAUGAAACAUUUAUCACGGUGUGAUCCAGGUUUGGACCAAACCACCAAAACAUCAAGAGACGGACAGAAUACUUAGGAGUGCAGAACGGCGGAGAGACGUCGUAAAUGACUGAGAGAUGGAGAUCCUGAAAGCCAGAAGGUUCCUGCCAGAAAAAAGCUCUGUCAGCCUUCUACUAAUGGUCAUUUUCAGUGUGUACGGGAAGCUGGAGGCACUAGAGAUGAACGUUGGGAAGGUCCCCUUUCUGGAGGCGGUGAAUGGGAGUGACGUCCUGCUGCCCUGCGUCUAUGCCAGUUGUAUCGGCAUUAGGAAGCUAUACUUCAAAUGGGAGUUCAAUGAUAAUGGCACCAUGGUGAAGGUGUUGGACUCAGUGAUCCCAAAAGAUCACGCAGAGCCGGUGAACAUGCACAUUUGCCGCGAUCGUGUGGAAUAUAUGGGCUCCGCUAAGACAAACAAUGUGUCCAUAAUGAUCCUGAAUGUGACCUUUGAGGAUGCUGGCCAGUACACAUGCUUUGGAAAGAACCCCAAAGAGAUGGACAAGAACCACAGUGCCAUCUUCACACUCAGCGUGGUGGAUGAAUUACGAGUUGUAGAUAACACUCUGACCAAGAUCAUUAUGUCAUGUGUCGGAGGCUGCAUAGCUCUGCUAGUGAUCUUCAUGCUGAUUAAGAACUUAACGCUCUUCGUCCUUGCCAAACUUGAGGAGAAAAAUAAGGAGUGCCUCGUCACCUCCUCAGGGAUCGAUAAUACAGAAAACGGUCUGUCUGGCUCCAAAGUGACACCCAAACCUACACCAAAGAAAGUCUGAGAGCGACACACACACCCA